CUAGUUAAUCUUCUUGCAUAUAGUGAUAAUAUGAGUAUUGAUUUGAACCAAGAAGAUAGGAAUGGUGAUUAUGCUCUUCAGUCCAAAUGGAUGGGUGGUCUUUGUAACUGUGGAGCUGAUGUUACUACAUGUUGCUUAACAUGUUUCUUCCCAUGCAUAACUUUUGGCCGAAUCGCAGAAACUGUGGAUGAAGGACGAACAUCAUGCUUUGCGCAUAGCAUAGUGUAUGGAUUGUUGAUGACAAUUCAGUGCCAUUGGCUUUACUCAUGCUUGUACAGAGACAAAUUGCGCAAGAAAUUUGGUUUGCCUGAGGACCCUUGUUGUGAUUGCCUUGUCAACUACUGCUGCGAACCAUGCGCCCUUUGCCAAGAGUAUUCUGAGCUCAAAUCAAGAGGAUUCAACCCCUCUAUAGGUUGGACCGGACCGCCUACUUCUCCUCCAAAUAUGCCUCCUUCCAUGUUCAAGUGA